UACUUCAUUUCCCUUGCUUAAUCAGUGAUAUAUAAUCAAAGCCGAACCAGAAUUUAAAACGUAGUGAUUUAAUGUAUUCUGUUUUAAUGACGUUGAGAUAAAUGAGUGUGUUGUUUUAUUGUGAAGGUGAAUUCUGUUCUCUUCCGGUAGCAUUUGUGUUGAAUCGUGUUUGUGUUGACGCCGCGCUGCCAAAAUAUAAUUCAGCAGCCUGUGCGGGUAAAAUCGCCCAACAUGGCACCAUAAAACUGGGUAAAAGACACGGUUUCAUGCUCGCUAGGUGACCGGAGUCAGGCAGCUUUUUUCCCGGGAAACACCGCCGCCUGUGCGGGGGCUGGAGGGGCAAUAAUGAGCUCGGAGCACCGGAGCGACAGCGAGGACGCGGCGGAGGAGAGGCCCAACAGCGGCUCCAGCGACAAAGAGGAGGACCCCGACUUGGACGACUCGGAUGUGGAAGAUGAAAUCGCCCCAACAGUGUCUCCUUCCCCCCCAGGGAGCGGUGGCAUCAGGCCGGAGCGCAGAGCGAGGUCCGCGGCUUUAGAGGCGUCCGAGGAGCAGCGCUGCGAAACUGCCGCCUCCACCGCGCCGCAGCCGGGGAGCGGCGAGGCUGGCAGCGCGGAGAUCCGCAGCGGGAACAGUGUGUUUUCCUGGCUGCAGAGCAGGACUAUAAGACGGGGGGUGUUUGUCGACCCUGCUCGGGACAACUUCCGGACAAUGACUAGUUUGUACUGCUCCAUGAACCCAGCUGCGGAGUCUGUGAACCUGAGCACCCAGACCCAUGGAGCGGUGUUCAACCUGGAAUACUCCCCCGAUGGGUCGGUGCUGACGGUGGCCUGCGAGCAGACGGAGGUCCUGCUGUUCGACCCGAUCUCCUCCAGACACAUCAAGACCCUGACGGAGGCGCACGAGGACUGCGUCAACAACAUCAGGUUUUUGGACAAUCGUUUGUUCGCCACCUGCUCCGACGACACCACCAUUGCAUUGUGGGAUCUGCGGAAGCUGAACUCCAAGGUGUGCUCGCUGCACGGCCACGCCAGCUGGGUGAAGAACAUCGAGUACGACACCAACACCAGACUCCUCGUCACCUCGGGCUUCGAUGGGAACGUCAUCACAUGGGACACCAACAGGUUCACGGAGGACGGCUGCCCGCACAAGAAGUUCUUCCACACCCGGUACCUGAUGAGGAUGCGUCUGACGCCCGACUGCUCCAAGAUGCUCAUCUCCACGUCCUCCGGAUACCUGCUCAUCCUGCACGACCUCGACCUCACGCAGUCUCUGGAGGUCGGCAGCUACCGCAUGCUGCGAGCCAGACGGGCCUCCCUCAGCGCAGACGGAGGCUCGUCAGCGUCCCGGUCGGCAGGAACUCCUCGUCAGGGAAACGCCCCGAGCAAGAUCCCCGCCCCGAGAGAGAGUCUGUCUCCCAGGAACAGUCUGGAGGUUCUGACUCCGGAGAUCCCCGGGGAGAGGGACCGGGGGAACUGCAUCACGUCUCUGCAGCUGCACCCCAAGGGCUGGGCAGCGCUGAUCCGCUGCUCCAGCAACAUGGACGACCAGGAGUGGACCUGUGUGUACGAGUUCCAGGAAGGCACCCCCUCCCGGCCGCUGGCCUCCCCCCGCUGCUCGCUCCGCCUCACCCACUACAUCGAGGAGGCCAAUGUGGGCCGGGGCUACAUCAAGGAGCUGUGCUUCAGCCCCGACGGCCGGCUCAUCUGCUCUCCGUACGGAUACGGCGUUCGGCUGCUGGCCUUCGAUGAAAGCUGCGGCGAACUGUCUGACUGCCUGCCCGUCCAGACCUCCGUCCUGCGGGAGAUCCGCUCACUCUACUCUCACAGCGACGUGGUGCUCACCACCAAGUUCUCCCCCACGCACUGCCAGCUGGCCUCGGGCUGCCUCAGCGGCCGCGUCGCCCUCUACCAGCCCAAGUUCUAACUGAACAACCACGCUCUGCAGACCCGGGGCAGGAACACUGAUCAGGGUUCAUGUGCAGGUACAGAAACGUGCAUAAAAAGAGUCGUUUCCAUAGAGUUUAAACUCCUAUCUUCUAAAAUAUGCAGAUGUUUGUUGUGCAAAGAGUAGAAUUAACCAUGAAUGUCCGCUAGGUAGUUAAACACUUGAAAACUUGUUGGACGAACAACCCAUUUUGUUCUUUGUUUCUCCACAAAAAUGAGUGGAAAUCCUGAUUUCAAACCUCGUUUUUGCAGAAGUUGCUGAAGAGUUUCAUGCAAAAAAAGACUUAUCAACUUAUGAAAUUGACAAAAUUCACAAAUGAGUCGACUUUAACAGCAUCAGCUCUAAUCUCGACUAUCAUUUGUACCAAUUAGUUUAAUUAAAUGGACAAAAUUGAGUUAAAUCGCCAGUAAUCAUGCAAAAGAAAAUCACUUUAAACCUUGUGUUACUUUGAAAACGUCCUUAAGCAUAGAGAGAUUUAUUAUCUACUAAAGAAACCACUAAGAAGUCAUCUUUAAAGAGGCCAGCCCUAAUGUCUGGUAUGCUACAGUAUAGAUUAAUGCAAAACAAUCAAAGGGUAUUUCUCCAUAAAUCAGAAUCUUUAGGAACCCCGAAUAACAUUUCCUAGCAUUUGUUUUAAAGUGCUCGAUUGGACCAGAAGGUUGGAGUAUUUUAAAUAUUCUGUGAGGUGUGAUGUUAAAGGAAGUAUUGAGAUUCCUCUGCCACACAAUCCUUAAGAAAUUCCUCAAAAACUCCUAAAAAAAAGUGUCAAAAAGUUCUUCUGUUCCCGGGUCUGCAGCUGCGUAAGAGACUGAGAGGCUCUGAGUGGAUUCAAACUUUAAAAACGACUUUUCGGGGGCUUUGCAAAGCAGACUCCUGAGAGCCCGAACGUUGAAGCUUAAGAAAAACAAACUUUGUGGAUCUUUUUUUCAUACUUAAAGCGGGAGAAGAACUUCUGUUGGAGACUUCGGGAUUAAAAACACUAAUUUAACAACAACAGGAAGUGGCUGCUUGUGUCGGCCGCUGAAGACGCCUUCUCUCCACAGGUGCUCCAAAUCUGACCCUCGUACUUAAAGGACCUCCACACACACACACACACACACACACACACACAUUUGUCUUUGUUUUUACUGGUUUUAUUGUUGCAUUAUUGUCCGCACUACUUGUUCACAGUGUUUGUUUAUGUUGUUUGUCGCAUUUUGCCUUCAGUUAGGACUAAACAAGUUAAAGUCAGUUUUUGCAUUUUUAAUUUGAAUCCUCAAACAAAAAUGUCAUUUCAUAUAAAAGUAUCUACAAUUCUUGUAUUUUUCAGACCCGUUUUCUGCAGGAUUGACACACUCUUACCAAGAAAAUACUCCUAUCAAUUACAUAUUUCUUCCCUAAUAAAAACAGCUGGCCUUAUUCUGAGUUGUCGUUGUUACAUAAAGCCUCAUCCUCUAAUUUAACUCACAUUUCGUCAGACAAAUUCAGUUUGAAUCGGUUGCUUCAGUGUUGUUCGUUUAACCUUAAAAGACAACAUAGUUUGACUUGUGUUUCUGACCUUCAACCUAAAUGUCUUGGCUGUUUUAAUAAGACUUUUGAUCACCUUGUAAAACCCUAUUACAUCCCAUUCCUAUUUUUCCCGAAUGGAAAACUGUCCCGCUGUUGUCCAUGCUUUCUCUUUUAACCACAUCUAGUAAAUCUGCUUUAAGAGCCAAACACACACGUGGAUGUUUAACAGACUCGUACUGCAGAAUAUAAAUUAGGUUUAAUAAACAAUACAUAUAUUCUUCUAUGCAUCUCUGCCUUUAUGGAGAUUCUCCCUCCUCUCUUCAGGAGCUUUAGAUGCCAAAGUGUGUUUUUGCUUCAGAGGAGAUGGUGCUUCUCCUCUGUGGUGUAACUCCGAGCUGGGAAUUUAAUUUAAGUGGGAAAAAUAUUGAAUUUUAAAAUAUUUAUUUGACGGUCUUUUGGAAAUCCCCUUUUGUUUCUUGCAGAAAGAAAGCCGGUUAGCUUGAUGUAGCUUAGCACAAAGACUGGAAACAGGAAAAAGUCGUGUUUCAUUUCUCGUUUUAGAUUCUCAUAUCUAUUUAGAUUAUACAUUGAUUUGAAUUAUUGGAAAAAUGUCAAAUAUACUUUUCAAAUGUACUUUCUUAGCGCUUGCAGAACCACAAGCGAUCUAAUUCCAUACAUUUCAAUUUAUAUUGGUCUGAAAUUGUCCCUUAAAGCCUGUAAUUAUCCUAUCAUAUCUUGUAUAACUGUAUAACCUAUAAGGAUUGGAAAUGUAAAAACGAGAGGGAUCGGCCCUUUUUUUUGGAGGGUUUCGGACCAGGCUAAUUCCUGGUUGGGGAUCAGAAACUUCCUGCAGUGAGACAGCAAAAUAUGGUCCGGGAUUAAACCUCGUAAAACAGAGAUUUGAUGUCAGAAGAUUUAAAAACGUGUCCAUCCUAGUUCCUAAAAUUCAAGUUAAUGUCUUUAAAUGUUGUAUUGUUCAGCUCCAACACCCCAGAACGUUUACUUUAAUAUGAUUUAACAGAAAGCGGGAAAUCUCCACAUUUCGAAAGGCUGGAAACGGCAUUUUCUGAUUUCAACAAAUAUAGUAGGCCUACCGAAUAUUUAUCCAUUAACCGGUAAAUGUUUGCAGCUCUAGAUGUAAGGUGUUAGAUUUAAGGAGAUACUUGGCAAGUUUAUACAAAGCUAGGCUAGUUAGCCACAUGCUAAGCUAAGCUAAGCUAACCGGGCACCUAGCUUCAAAUCAACGUUCUAAAAACCUGCAAGACAUUUUUAAAAGUAUAUUUUACUAAAUGUUUUGAAACAAAAAAAUUAUGAAGAAUAAUUAGAAUUUUAAGUGAAAAUAAGAAACAUAUUUAACUAAUAUUAUAAAUUAAAUUCCCAGCUCUCACCACGGUCCUGUUCGUAAAGAGGAAGGAUGCUUUUCACACUUUGUACCUCAGUUCAAAAUGUUGUAUUUCAGUCAAUUUGGGGACUUUAUCCCUUUAUUUCCUCAGAAAAUCUCAUGAAUAAUAAGCAUUCGUAGCAUAUAAAUAUCAGAGGGUCCGAACUGAGGGUUUUUCGGGCUGCCAUGUUGUAUAAUGCUGCUUUAAUUUCAUUAUCUCCACAUCAGUCUCUGCGGAGAGGAAGUGUCUUAUCUGCCAUUUUCACUUCAGGUGUUGCAACUGCAAAAACUGGGUUCAUUUUUUAUGAUUUGUGGUUUUUUUUUUAAGUCUUAACGUGUUUUUCUUUGGGGAUGAAUUGAAUGUUCUCAGUGGUUUCUGGUGUCACGGCUCGAGAGACGAAGAUCUUCUUUCUCUGUUGUUUCCUGAACUGCUUAAAACUGAAAGUAAUCCCGACAAUGAAACUGAAAUGGUACUUAUUAUCACUGAAAUAAAAAGGUUAGCUUGUUUUGCACUG